AUGGCGAUUUGGUUUCAGAGAAUUUUCCUGUUGCUUCUCGUUUCCUGUUGCGCCUCUUCAGAUUUUCUGGAAAACCCAGACUUCGAAGCCCCACCAUUAAACUUAUCCAAGAACUCAAAUGCGAGCUCUAACGCGUUUGUGUUGUUGGAUCAGAACAGUACACUUCCUGGAUGGACAUUCCAAGGGACAGUGCAAUAUGUUACUUCACUUGAACUGCCUGAUGCCGGACAUGCGGUUCAGCUCGGUGAAGAUGGCAAGAUCAAUCAAACAUUCAUUGCCAAAGGUGAUGAUUUGAACUACAUACUCACGUUUGCGCUGAUCCCCGGAGGCCAGAACUGUUCAACCUCUGCUGGUCUCUCUGUCUCUGGGCCAGACAGCAAUGCGGUUUUUGCUUACCGGCAAAACUACAGUAAGGUUCCAUGGCAGAGCUACACUCAUAACUUGGGUAGAUUGGGGAAUGGUGAGCCUAUCAACCUAGUUCUUGAAAGCGAGGCAAUAGAUUCUGACACAAACUCAACAUGCUGGCCUAUCGUUGACACGUUGCUCAUCAAGACUGUUGGUGUAACAGUGGUCCAAGACAGUGGUAACCUCUUAACCAAUGGUGGAUUUGAAUCUGGACCGGGUUUCUUAACCAACUCAACCGAGGGAGUUCUGAUUGAUGCGGUGCCAAGUGUGAUCCAGUCAACAUUAUGGCAGUGGUCGGUCAUAGGAACAGUCAGAUACAUAGACUCGGAGCACUUCCAUGUCCCAGAAGGCAAAGCUGCAAUAGAAAUUCUGGCUGGCACAGCUCCAUCUGGCAUACAGACAGCAACGAGAGACACAAGUGAAGGUUCGAGAUACAACCUCACAUUUACAUUAGGAGAUGCCAAGGAUGCGUGCAUAGGACAUUUCCUGGUGGGUGUUCAAGCUGGUUCCGCAUCUCAAAACUUCACACUGGAGAGCAAUGGGACUGGCUCUGGUGAGAAGUUUGGGUUAGUGUUUGAAGCAGACAAAGCUGCAGCGCAGAUAAGUUUCACCAGCUACUCAGUUACAAGGACACAAGAGGAUCUUCUGUGUGGUCCUGUGAUUGAUGAAGUGAUGGUACAUUCUAUUGGUGGAACAGCCUCAGUGAAACCCACAUGGCUGCUGCUUCUUUUCGCUUUGUUGUAUGUCGCAAUUCUCUAA